AUGACGUCAUAUUCGGGAAACCGAUCAGUGCCCGGUUGCUCGGUGAGGCUUUCGGCAAUCUUCGGAAUCGCUCGGCCUCCCUGCGUCGGGGUCAAGAUGGCGGGGUUCAUCAGUCCUUACGUCAAUCUUGUCCGGAACGCGUUUAGCGUCAUGAGACACAACGGCGGGGUCAUAGGAUCCGUGUGGACACUGUUAAGAGCGGGAGACCUGCGGGAAGGCACCCUGGUAGGGGUGGACCAGUUUGGCAACAAGUACUUCGAGAACAAGAAGUAUUUCUAUGCCCGGCAUCGGUGGGUGGAGUUUGGAGACAAGCAGAAGAGCUGGUGGGAGCCAGAUGCUAGCCAGAUCCCACCAGAAUGGCACCGCUGGAUACACUGCAUCGGAGAGCACCCCCCAACUGAAGUGCCUCUCACCAACCCCAAAUUCAAGCAGGAACAUCGCAUCAACUUUUCAGGGAACAGCAAGGAGAACUAUGUUCCCUACACCACCACGCCCCCCAAGAUAGAGAGCUGGCAGCCCCCCAAGAACACCCCAUCAUAAAUGUGUGACAGAAAAAAAACCCCUAUAGAUUAUCACUUCCAUGACUGGACUUUCUUGUGUAAAUCUGUGAACAUGUUUUGCCUGAAACAGAGAUAAACUUGUCAGAAAGUU